AUGUAUAAGCUCGUAGCCUACAAAGAAGAAUUGAAGAACUUGACGGAUAAAGACAUUAUUGAUUUUUAUGGAGGAUAUGACUGGUUUUUUGGUAAAACCAUUUACAUUAAGAAUAAAAGGAAGAAGAAAAAAGCAGAGUUACCAGUAACUGAAGAGGAUAUGAAUUUGUAUGAUCAGGUGAAUCGGAAUUGUUCAUCACCCGAAAUUAAAAAAGAAGAAAUUUCUGAAGAAAAAAUUAGACAAAAGCGAAGUAGUAAGGAGGAAAUCAGUAGGGUGAAAGUGAUAGGAGAGGACUGCGUAGUACUACGCGAUUUUCGCAAUACUAAUAAAGUUUAUAAAAAAAAAAAAACAAUAGGCUAA